CGUAAAGUAACACGGGCAACCCAACCCACCACCUACGUCGUCGUCUCCGCCGCCUUGCUCUAUCCAUCGGUCGGCGAUGCAGGCCGCCGUCGCUUUGAGCCAGAGCCAGGCGUCCCUUCUCGUCCGGCGGCUCCCAAGGCCUUACCACUACGCCGGCGGGCCGGACCCGGAUGAUGGCGUGCUGCUGCUAGCACGACGAGGCGUGUCGCUCCCGCUCCCGCGGCUGCGGCUGCGGCGCGCCUGUUGCUCCGCGAGCCUACCCGUCGGUACCGGCGCCGGCGCCGGCAGUGAGCAUGUCCCUGUAUUCCCAAGACAAAAAACAUGGGAUCCUUACAAGCUUCUUGGUGUUGACCAUGAUGCAUCUGAAGAAGAGAUCAAUAGUGCAAGAAACUUCCUCCUUCAACAAUACGCUGGGUAUGAAGAAAACGAAGAGGCAAUUGAAGGUGCCUAUGAUAAGAUAAUGAUGAAGAGCUACUCACACCGUAAGAAGUCCAAAAUCAACCUGAAAAGGAAAUUAAUUAAGCAAGUGGAAGAAUCCCCAUCAUGGGUUAAGUCACUGCUUGGACACUUUGAGGUGCCAUCGAUGGAUGUUGUGUCAAAAAGAUUUGCUCUUUUUGGAUUUAUUGCUGGGUGGAGCAUCGCAACUUCUGCUGAGACUGGACCUACCUUCCAGCUUGCACUGGCACUCGUGUCAUGCAUAUACUUUCUCAACGACAAGAUGAAAAACCUUGCCAGGGCGUCUGCCACAGGGCUUGGACUCUUUGCGGGUGGCUGGAUAGUAGGUUCGCUGGUAGUCCCAGUGAUCCCGGCAUUUAUUUUCCCGCGUACUUGGUGUCUGGAGCUCCUUACUUCGCUGGUCGCUUAUGUAUUUCUAUUCUUGGGUUGCACUCUCGUCAAGUGAAAUCUGUGACACUUGAAACCGUUGUUGUUUCUGCGAGAUUUUCUGUUGCCGAUGUUGCAACUCCCUUUUGACCCGUGGGUAUAGAAGAUGACCUUUUGACAAGCCGAAACUUGGCCCACUAUUGUUCAGAUCCCAUGAGGUGUUGUUGUUAUCUCUAGUCUAAGCGAGCUUAUAUUGAUCAGUAUUGUAUUGUAUUGUAUUGUAUUGUAUUGUAGGCAGUUUCUGCAAGCUGCUGCUAGUUCUAGAGUGCUUGGGCAUGCUACCGUUGUAACUAUAAUAAACAGCUGCAGAUGUGCUUAUCGCUUGUUUGUGCUUGUGAUUUCACGGGCGGGCAUCCACCGUGUGUUUGUUGUGA